CGGGGGUAGCGCGCCGAGGGGAGGUGCUCGCAGCGCCUGCGCAGAGCGGCGGCUUCUCUCGCGAGGACGGACGCCAUUAUCGCAUCUCCCCGACAAACACCACGAGAAUUCCGCAGCCCACACGGUGACGGAGCCCAGCCCUGCUGUCAGGUGGACGGUGUGGGUACUGCCACUCCCUCCCGCUCUGGAUGAUGUCGGAGCACGACCUGGCGGACGUGGUUCAGAUUGCAGUGGAAGACCUGAGCCCUGACCACCCAGUUGUUCUGGAGAACCACGUGGUGACUGAUGAAGAUGAGCCCACUCUAAAGCGCCAGCGGCUGGAGAUCAACUGCCAGGAUCCCUCCAUAAAGUCAUUCCUAUAUUCCAUUAACCAGACGAUCUGCUUGCGACUGGAUAGCAUUGAGGCCAAGCUCCAGGCUCUGGAGGCUACUUGUAAAUCAUUAGAAGAGAAGCUGGAUCUGGUCACAAACAAGCAGCACAGCCCCAUCCAGGUCCCCAUGGUGGCAGGCUCCCCUCUCGGUGCGACCCAGACGUGCAACAAAGUGCGAUGCGUCGUCCCCCAGACCACAGUAAUACUCAACAGUGAUCGGCAGAACGCCAUUGUAGCCAAGAUGGACGACCCUUUGAGCAACAGGGCACCGGAUUCCCUGGAAAAUGUCAUUAGCAACGCUGUUCCUGGGCGGCGGCAGAACACCAUCGUGGUGAAGGUGCCGGGCCAAGAAGACAGCCACCAUGAGGAUGGGGAGAGUGGGUCAGAGGCCAGCGACUCCAUCUCCAACUGCGGACAGUCUGGGAGCCAGAGCAUUGGGAACAACGUCACCCUGAUCACCCUGAACUCAGAAGAGGACUACCCCAAUGGGACGUGGCUGGGCGACGAGAACAACCCCGAGAUGCGGGUGCGCUGCGCCAUCAUCCCCUCCGAUAUGCUGCACAUCAGCACCAACUGCCGUACGGCCGAGAAGAUGGCACUGACCCUGCUGGACUACCUCUUCCACCGCGAGGUGCAGGCUGUGUCCAACCUCUCGGGCCAGGGCAAGCAUGGCAAGAAGCAGCUGGACCCUCUCACCAUCUACGGCAUCCGCUGCCACCUUUUUUAUAAAUUCGGAAUCACAGAAUCCGACUGGUAUCGGAUCAAGCAGAGCAUUGACUCCAAGUGUCGGACGGCGUGGCGGCGGAAACAGCGGGGCCAGAGCCUGGCAGUCAAGAGCUUCUCACGGAGAACGCCAUCCUCCUCUUCCUACAGUGCCUCAGAGCCGAUGCUGAGCACGCCGCCCCCCGCCAGUGAGCUCCCGCAGCAGCCGCAGGCCCUGCACUACACCCUGGCCAACGCGCAGCAGGUGCAGAUUCACCAGAUCGGAGAGGACGGGCAGGUGCAAGUAAUCCCACAGGGCCACCUCCACAUCGCCCAGGUGCCUCAGGGGGAGCAGGUGCAGAUCACGCAGGACAGCGAGGGCAACCUCCAGAUCCACCAUGUUGGGCAGGACGGGCAGGUGUUGCAGGGGGCCCAGCUGAUAGCCGUGGCCUCCUCGGACCCUACUGCAGCAGGAGUGGACGGGUCACCUCUCCAGGCCAGUGACAUCCAGGUCCAGUACGUGCAACUGGCGCCGGUGAGUGACCACACGGCCGGGGCACAGCCAGGUGGAGCCACGGCCCUCGCCACAGCCGAGCUCUGUGUUUCCUGCCCUGUGCAUGAAAGUCCUGGCUGCUCUGUGACAGUCGGGGGCCUGGCCAUGCAGUGGCAGGCGUUUUUCUAGAGAAGCCCUCUUCUCCCCAUUGCAGACAGCGGAUACCCUGCAGCCCACCUUACAGCCCGAGAUGCAGCUAGAGCACGGAGCCAUCCAGAUCCAGUGAGGCGGACGGGCCUCGCUGCAGAGAUUGCCCAGCCCAGCGCCAGCUGUAGCUGACAACUUGGUCCCCAUGCCCUGCUGCGCUGGCUCCCGGACCGGCGGCGGCUGCGCGCUCUGUUGAGUACGUCUGAAAGCCGCCUCUUCUGCAGGGGAAGUGUCCUAAUAAACUAAAACGAUAACAACCAGCCGCGGUGCCCUUCCAGAAGGCCCCCUUUCUUUUGAGUCCACCUGUUGGUGUCUGGAGGACGAGGGGAGGUGUGGAGCGUGUUGUUACACGUGGGAAAUCAAGAACUAUGAUAUUUUUCUGUUUAAAUAGCUUUUUUUAAUUUGCUAUGGUGUUUAUAACAAAAAAGAAAAUUGAUAAAAAAAAAAAAGAAAAAGAAAAAAUACUCAGUGGCGUAGCAGAAGCCUUUUGCUGUGUGCCCUGUUCAGUGUCAUGAAAAUAGGUGUUUGCAAAAGAAGCUGGCGGAGAUACUGCUGACCUACUUUUCUAGGGGCAAAUGUUCUCAAACACUGUAAUUAUGCAUUUCUAUGAAAUAAAAUGUAUU